UUACUAUCUUAGUGUAUUCCGCUGUCUCCCGAGUCCCCUCCACCUUCACCCACUCUCUCAUAAAGUCCUAUCGAGGGAUCGGCCUUCCGAGGCAUGAUCUGAUCUUCUUGGGGCUGAACUUUCUGAGGUGAUGUGAUUUCGUGAUACGAGGUUGCUUCUAUCUUGACAUUCACAUCCCCGACGCACGGGUCAUUGUCAUUUGAACGCUUGAUCUACCAUGCAAUCAAGAAGGGCCUAUACCAUUACUAUUAUACCUACUCCGUGGACCUUCGGUUGACCCAGUGAUGGACUGACCUCCACCAUCAAGCCAAAAGCACUCCAGCAAAGUUGGUGAUAAAACACCAAGAACAACCAUCGCCGAGCAUAGAUUCUUUCGCAGGACGGAAGACGCUGCUCAUACUCCACUCCUGUAUACAACAUAUCGCCUGUCAUGGGAAGACUAAUCAAGAACCACUGGGCUCGCUUGAUCAUCCUCACAGCGGCAGCCUUCCAAAUAGGAAGCGCAAUCGAGGGUUUCAUCUGGCCCAAAGUGUUUUGGGACUUCAUGACGAAGAAUCUGAACGGCGCCGUCACGCCUAUUCCGAUACUCCAAAUCCUCAAUCUGCUGAUGGGGCUGAUUGGUAUCGCCUGGGAAUGGCCUUUGAAAUAUGUUGCGGGCUCGAUACCACAUCGCAGCAUCGAGUUCCGGUUGAUCCUUUACCCCCUUAGCGCUCUCCUCGCUAUGCUUCUCUACCAAGGGACGGACCCGGCGAUAUACUACCUCAUUGGGAUCGGGGUUUAUUUUUGGGCGUACAGCGAGGGCGAGACUCUCAUCCAGCUUAGCCUCCCUCGCAGCAACACAAUGUCAGCUUUGCUCCUCACGAAGCCUUUGGAAGAAGACAUUGGCAUUAUUGAAGAGAGCGAGGAUGUCCCCGUGAACAAGAAGACCAGCUUCAACGGGAGGUUGAACCAAUACUUCCACACAGCAAAGAACAUCGCCACCGAGCCUCCUACCCUCAAACCCACCACCACCACCAACAAUGCUUCGCAAGACACCGCAACGACUCGCUCAAAACGUAAACUCACCCCACCAACGCAGCAGCCAUAUCUAGAGAAUAGACCAGACGAGUCGAGCCCCUCCUCACCUUCUUCCUCCAAGCGCCAACGCACAACCACCACCAUGCUACGUCGAGCCCUCCCCUCGACAACGACAACCGCAACCGCAACCACAACACGAAUCACUCGCUCCUUCACCCGCUCACGCUCCACCCCAUCCUCAGCGCCGACCCCAUCUUCACAAUCACCAUCACAAUCACAAUCACCAACCCCAACCCCUCAACCCCAAUCCAGUACCCCCAAAAGCAGCACCCGCCGCACCCGCACCCGCACCCCCAAACCCCCAACACCCCCGACAACGCCAAGCCUCCUCCGCGACACGAUCCCACCCAACCUCGACCUCCUCCUCGUGGGCGUCAAUCCGGGCAUUCUAACCGGCGUGACGGGCCACGCGUACGCGCACCCUUCCAACCUCUUCUGGAAGCUACUGCACUGGUCAGGGAUCACGGCGAUCCGGCACCCGCCCUCGGACACGUACGCGCUGCCCGGCUUGUACAACAUCGGGAACACGAACAUCGUGGAGCGGCCGACGCGGGACGCCAGCAUGCUCAGCCGGGCGGAGAUGGACGCGGGGGUGCCGGUGCUCGAGGCGAAAGUGGCGGCGCAGCGGCCCGCCGUGGUGUGCCUGGUCGGGAAGAGUAUCUGGGAGGCGGUAUGGCGGGUGAAGAUGGGGCGCAAUAUCCGGAAGGAGGAGUUUCGGUACGGGUGGCAGGAUGAGAGGAUGAAUAUGGGGGCGGUGGUUUCUGGCGAUGAGGGUGGUGGUGUUGGUGACAGCUCAGGCCCGUCCCCGUCGUCGUCUUUCUCAGCGAAAGGGGGAAAUUGGCCCGGGGCGAGGGUUUUUGUGGCUACGACGACGAGUGGGUUGGCGGCUGGGAUGUCCGUGGCGGAGAAACAGGCUGUGUGGAAUGAGCUGGGGGAGUGGGUCAAGCAUCGCCGGCGGGAGAGGGAGCAGCAGCAGCAGCAGCAGCAGCAGCAGCAAGAUCGUAGUGUUGAUGAGGAUUACCACAGUCAGGGUUGAUGACCACUAGAUAUAUAGAUUGAUCUAACCAUAUAAAAAUUCAAUUCCUAAAUCAAG